GUUUUAAUGUAAACUACAGAUGAUGAACUGAAAAUCGUGAACAAACUAAAAAUAUUAUGGAAAUUAACCAAAUAGAAACAAGAACGUCAUCAAAGAACGUCCACUUUUAUGUUUGAAGAUGGAAUACUGGGAUUUUCUGUACUGGAGAGAAGAGCUUCCUCAAAUCAGCAAGGACUCUGGAAAUGCUUGUAAUUCCCUGACGGAGGAAAACAUAGAAGCGAAGUACUGUUCCUUUCUACAUUCAGCUUCGAGCACCUAUGCUAUUCCUUGGCGAUCAGACCCCGAGUAUAGACCUGUCAAAGAUCGAUUCUAUCCGCAGGCAGAUCGGGUGCUACCAGAUCCAGAGGAAUGUCAAUUGCUUUCCUUGCUCGGCAGCGCCCUCUACACGGAAGACGGGGAUGCGCAUCCUCCGACUCCUUUUGCAGGCAUCCCCCCGGCCGCCUCCAGCCCAGCCUCCUUCCACCGCCAGUUGGUGGCCCAGCUGCACAAGAAGCUCAGCAGCUCCCCAGAUAUGGGCAACAGGGGUAGCAGCAGCAGCAAUGCUCCCAGCCCCGACAAGAAGCCGUCCGGCACGGGACAAUCCGGAAAAUCGUCCAAAGAAGCCUCUAAAGUUGCCAAAAUCGAGAGCAAAAAUGCCAAAGGAUCUAAAAUCCAAAAUUCGGCUGAAAAAUAUCUUUCCCGAACUCCACCGAAAGACUUGCCGUUCAGGUCCGAGAGUGGAGAUAGCCUCGUGUCAUCCGGCAGCCAGAAUUCCAAUCGAAAUUCGGGUAUCAGAGUUGACUCGACACCAAGUCCGGAUACCAGUUCCGUCUCCAGCUCACUCUUUGUUGACGUCCAAGAAAAGUUUUCCAGUCCAGAUGAGCAGGGAACGAACGAAAUUGAAACAUCCUCCCUGACGGAAUGUCCUUCACCUCCUCCAGUCGAACAAAUUAUUCCUGUACUGGACGCAGUUUUCUGCGUUCCGGAUGAGGUAGAACACAAUCUUCAGAGCUUACAGGAGGAACCAGAGGUGAUUGACAAAGUGGAGGUAGAAACCGAAAUAGAACCCGAACCCGAAAUUGAGCCUGAAGUGGACAUUGAAGACGACGAAGAUGAUGAUUUUGAGGAGUGCAAUUUCCAAGACACCACUGAGGAUCUCUCAGAUUCUUCGGAGCAGAUGUCCCCUCUUAAAGAGUACACCACCCCUGAAAGAAGACGUGGUACUCGUUCGUGUCCAGGAACCCCAGACACUCACCAUUCGGCGGACUCGAGCCUGUUUUACCAAUGCAGAGAGAGGAAAGGGUCCUUGGGCAAUGUGUACCGAGGAGGGGUCUUGCCAACCAUAGGCAGCGUAUUGAGGUUAAACCUGAGGGACGAGGAAGACACUCUCAACGAAGAGGACGAACUCAAGAAUUUGAAGGCUUCUACCCAAUCCCUGUCCGUCCCGCGUCUACAGGUAACCCCACACCGACACAGAUGCCGCAGUUCUGCUUUCGCGUCAAACAGGAGGGACAGGUCAUCGUCUGAAUUGUGCUUGCACGCUGCGCCCUCUACUGUACCGCAGGUUCUGCGAAGGUACUGUUCCCAGGGCCUGUCUGUUCCAAAAAGCGAAUGCUGUUUACGCAGGGUCGCCUCUCUCACACUUGACAAAGCGACUCUCGAAAAGCAUGUCGAAAGGCCAAAAUAUUUGCCACAAGAGCUCGAUUUCAGCAUGUACGAAAAGUUCCAAGGUCAGAUGUUGGUGAACUGGUUUAUUUCGGCUUUCCCGGAGGAUCAUAAAUUGAGUCGAAAAGAGUUGCGUCUGUUGGCUGCUCAGUUCUGCACGAAUCUGCUGUUUGCUGGAGUUCUUAGACAUGUCGAUCCAGAAAGCACGGACAAGUACUUCAGGCCGGAUGAGAUGUACCAGUGGUCUAAACUUGAAAACUCUGCCCCUCCCUCGGCCUACCAGACACCAGGUCGCCUGUCUCCAAGUGCCUGGCCCCCGAAAUCGCCAGUCUCUCCGGCCUAUUCGGAACGGGAGCUGAGGGAGGUCAUCGCUGAUCUUCACGAUCACAGGCUAAAGGAACGAGAAAAAACGUCCGUCUUCCAUUUUAAACCAGCUCACCGAAUAGAUUAUGAUGAAAGAGUAGCUAGGUUAGAAUUACAAUUGGAGAAAUACCAAACAUUAACGGAAAUCGAGGAGCUUACGAAGAGAGCCAAAUAUAUGUCCUGUCCAACUUCACCCCAUUCCCCUUGUGCUUCAACGCAGACGGAACCUCCCAGACCCACUCUAUCUUCCUCCAGCCAAUACGACAUCGCAUCCUCCGUCUCCCUUCUCUCCAGGUCUCGGUACUGUCAGACUGAAAGCAUCCGAUGUUGGAGCAAAAGCGUACAGACUGACAAUGGGUGUUCACCUCUCGGCCGAGCUUCGGCCUGGGUGCAGACAGAAGACACGGGCCCUGAUGUCAUCAGGGGUCUGCCAAGGACAAGAUCAGAUAUGUCGGAGAUCCUUCCCUCCCUUGUCACCGACCGAAAGACAUAUUUUUACAGGCCAUCCGGAAGUGUUUCGUCCUUUUCACUAUGUUCGUCCACACUUUUACCAGAGGAGCAUGAAGCAAAAACUGAUGUGUCAAACGAACCACCAAAUGCCAUGCUCUGUGAACGUUGCUCAAACUUAAAAGUGAGCCUGGCUUCCACCCAGACAGAUUUUUUACCAGAACUUCAGCCAGGCUCAGUUCCUACUUCUGAUGCGUCAUCGUCCAGCUCACCAUCUAACACAGCUUCCAUAUCACAUCCUACAAAUUCUUGUGCUGGAAUUCCACCUCCACCACCAAUGCCAGGUUCCAGCUCAAUACCACCACCUCCACCCAUGCCCGGUACAAGUUUCAUUCCUCCUCCACCACCACCGCCACCACCACCCAUGUCUGGAAGUAGUAUACCGCCACCACCGCCCAUGCCUGGAAGUAAUAUACCGCCACCUCCUCCUCCUCCACCACCUCCACCGGGAAGUGGAAUACCACCUCCUCCACCACCACCACCUCCUCCGCCUGGCAGUGGAAUACCACCGCCUCCACCACCGCCACCACCAAUGCCAGGAUGUGGACCGCCUCCUCCACCACCCCCUCCACCUCCGAUGCCAGGAUGCGGACCACCACCUCCUCCACCACCACCUCCUAUGCCUGGAUGUGGUCCGCCACCACCUCCACCUCCCCCAGGUUGUGGAGCACCUCCACCUCCUCCAGGAUUUGGAGCACCACCUCCACCACAGCCAUAUAUAGUUAGAAAACCUGCUAUCAUUCCGAAGCAACCCAUGAGACCUCUAUAUUGGACAAGAAUUCAGAUAAAUACCCCUGCUGCGGCAGAAAAAGACAGUGAGUGUCUGUGGGACAAUCUGAAGGAGGCAGAUCUGAAGAACUGGGAAGAAUUCGAAGAAUUAUUUUCAAAACAAACCAAAAAGAAGAGCCCCACAGAACCAAAGCACAACAACAAUUCGAAAGCGAAAGAGGUUGCUAAACUCCUAGAUCAGAAACGAUCCCAGAAUGUAGGCAUUCUCAUAUCAAGUCUUCACUUGGAUAUAUCCGAAAUUCAGAAUGCUUUAUAUAAUUUUGAUACAUCCGUCAUUAGCACAGAUACUCUCCAAUCCAUCUAUGAUGUAAGACCGACCCCAGACGAACUGCAGACGAUUUCUCAGCAUCGAACCGCCCAGCCUGAUGUGCCUCUCGAUAAACCAGAACAGUUCCUUUGGGAGCUUUCUCUGAUUCCUGAAUACGCCAUCCGGAUUGAAUGUAUCAUGUUUCAUGCCUCUUUCAGUGAGAAUCUGGAUCAAAUCGAGAACAAACUGCUCAAUAUGAAGAUGACUUGUGACUUUUUGAAGAGCAAAACAGUGGAAAAUGUUAUCAGCAUCAUUCUGUCACUUGGAAAUUACAUGAAUGGAGGCAAUGGUGUGAGAGGACAAGCUGAUGGUUUUGGACUGGAAAUCCUGCCGAAGCUCCGAGAUGUCAAAAGCAAGGACAACUCCCUUACUCUGUUGCAUUUUGUCGUUAAGCUGUAUUUCACAAUCUUCGAACAAGACAAACAGGCCGAGGAGUGUCACCUACCUGUUCCUGAGCCCUCCGAUGUCGAGCGGGCAGGAACGGUCAAUUUCGAUGACGUUCGAAAGGAGCUCGACAAGCUUUACGUCCAGACAGCAGCAUGUGAAAGGAAAGUGUCUAAAAUCCUGAAUUCAUCGGACGAAGAGCAUCAACAACCUUUGAAGGACACGAUGCAAGCAUUUCUUGAGAAAGCAUUUGCCGAAACGAGAAUGCAAAUGGAGAAUUUGGAAAGAUGUAAAGCGAAGUUUAAGGCCACCCAAAAAUUCUUCAAAUUCAUGCCGAAAUCGAACAACGAGAGCGAAUGGCCAAAAGAAUUUUUUGCCGUCUGGUUGCCUUUCUGCUCCGACUUCAAAGACAUAUGGAAGAAGGAACAGAAACUGAAGAUUGCUGAACAAAAGAGGGCAGAGAUGGUGCGGAAGAAAAUCCAAGAAUUACAAGAAAAGCAGAAAGCCAAUAUUGUUUUAGUUAAAGCCAAACCCACAGGACUGAAAGCACGACUGAUGAAAAUGUCUCUCCUCAACACAUCAAAGCCGGUCGCAACCUGACAACUCACCAAAGCAUGAGCGAACAAUUUACCUCUGCCUUAUGAACUUUGAAAACUUUCUCUGAACAUAGGUGCUACACUUUUACCGAUAAAACCCAAGAUUUUAACCCUUUAACGAAAGAGUGCAUACAUCAACGAGAGAACAGAGUCCAUCUGCCAAAAGACGACUGACCAAAUCAUCAUACAAUGACAAUGGAUCUGGUUUCAAACCAGUUUGGUCAAUCUUCUUCCAUCAUUGGCAUACUUCUUACAAAGUUUAAAUUUUUAAGUGUUUCUUUUUAGAAUUUUAUGGAAUUAUAUAUACUUUUUGAGUAACUUGUUGACUUUAAGCUUCAUUUUCCCGAAUUUCGUUUGCUACCUUGUACAGUUUACUCUAUCCUGUUUAUUUAUUUAUUUCCUUGUGUGCUUCUGUUUGUGAUGCACGAGAUUUCGGAGCUUUUAAAAAAAUGCAUUUUAAACUGAGUGGAGUAGAUUAUUUGUACAGCUUCUCCCCUAUUUCACCCUCCACAAGAAAUAGUUUUGC